AUGCCUCGCGUUGCUCAAGCUCCAAGAUCAGGGAGUGUUAGGGCAAAUACUGGCCCCGGGACGGCGCCUUCAUACAUUGCACACUCACCGAUAAAAAUCCCCCUCAACGACGAUGUUUCAGAAAAAGGUCAGCGCAUGAGCUCUAGAAGAGCUCUUCAUGAGAGACAGUUCAACGAAAUUAAAAAGGCCGCGACUCCUCGCAAAAGCAUGGCUCGCCUCGACGACACGGAAAACGGCGACCCGCAAACACCCCGCCCUGGCCGCGCCAGCAAUAUUGAAGAUGAUGAAGUCUUUGUGGUUGGAGGUUCUGCAGUCACGCCUAUGAAGCGAGUCCCUCUUCUAGCCAACUUUGAGGAGUGGAUGAAGAUGGCAACCGACAACAAGAUCAAUGCGACAAACUCGUGGAACUUUGCUCUUAUCGACUAUUUCCACGACAUGUCACUUCUCAAGGAGGGCGACGGCGUCAACUUCCAAAAGGCUAGUUGUACCCUAGACGGGUGUGUCAAAAUUUAUACGAAUCGAGUCGACAGUGUUGCAACCGAGACAGGCAAACUGCUGAGCGGCCUCGCCGAUAGCAACAAUGCCAAGAAAAAAGACAAGGAUGGCGAAGACGCCGACGAGAGUGACGAAGAAGAAUUGGAUGAGGAUGGGAAUGUCAAGAAGAAACCAAAAAAGAAGACACAACGAUCGUCUGAAGCAACGCUCGCACCCUCGUUUAACUCGCUGCAACUCAAGAAGUUUGAGUUGGAAUUUGCUGUCGACCCACUGUUCAAGAAAGCAUCCGCCGAUUUUGAUGAGGGAGGUGCCAAAGGACUUCUUCUGAACCAUCUGAUGAUUGAUUCACAAGGGCGCAUCGUUUUUGACAGCAGCGACGACAGUGGCGAUGCCACCACUCUGGGAAAGAAGAAGGCUAACGAAGACGGCAAUGAAGAAGACGAUGGUAUCGAAGAAGACGACGCAGGGGAAGAGCAGUUGGAAGAUGACGAUGAAGCUGAUGAUGUCGAAAUCGACCUGGGAGCUCUUGGUGCCAAGUUCAUUCCCGAUCUAUACCGACUCGACGAGCUUGACGUCUGCCCGUCUCUGAAAACGUUUGACCUCGGUGAUCCUUCUGGUUCCAUGGAUAUCCCCUUCUUGAAGGCGCCUGAGGACUGGAAGCAAGACCAAGACAAGGAAAAGACACCUGGGGCAUUGGGUGAUAUUUCGGGCCUUGUCAUCGAUGGCGAUGCGCCAGCCGGGUUUGAUGAUGACGACCUUGGCCUCGGAACUUUUGAUGCCGUUGAGGACGUCGCUUUUGGCGAAGGUGGUGAGGCUUGGGCCCGUGAAGCCGCCCUGGAGCCACAGAUGCGAGUGUAUGACGCUGGUUUCGGUGAAGAAGGCGGCGACGGGGAUGAGGUGGAUGGCAAGGGCAACGGGGAAUACAUUGUUUCCAUGACAAGCGCUCAGCAAGCGGACAAAAUGCACGAAGAUAUCCUCGGGUUUUUCGACCAAGCCUUGCAGAAGAAUUGGACAAGCGCCGAGCACUGGAGAAUCAGAAAGAUCAAAGAUGUCAACAAGCCGGCAACUGAAACAAAGAAACGCAAGGAAAAGGAGCCAUUCGAAAUCGACUUUGCCGCUCCUCUCGACUCGCACACUUCGGAUCUCAUUUACACGCAGGCUACAAACAACACAUCCAUCAGCAUGCCCAAAAAGGACUGGAAGUCAAAGUCACGCAAUCUUCUUCCUGACGACAAGCAUUUCAACUCCAAGUCUCUGUUGAAUCUUUUCCUCAAGCCAAAGGCACGGAUGAACAAGCGACGCACAGGAUUCAACUCUCGCACUGGUGGUUUUGGCAAUGUUGGCUUGGACAAUCAGCCCGAGGGAGAGAUGGACGAAGAAUUUUGGGCAAAGCAAAAGGCGCCCCAGAACACCGACGACACGGCACCGCCUGGAGGCGACUACGAUGCCAACUUCUUCCAAGAUGAUGGCAUGCCAUUCCCCGGCGGCGGCGAUUUGGACGACGACGACGACCUGGAGUUUGCCGAUGCACGCGAACACUUCUCGCCAGGUGUCGAUGGCCAAGCCGGUCUGACUGAGGGCGGUGGUUUCACAGCUCUUCUCAAUGGCGAGACGGUGACGAACACUGGGGCUUUUGGAACGACGUUGGUCACUCAAACAAGGCGCGUGCGACCAGAGUACGUGCAAUACGCCAGAGUAGCCAAGAAGGUUGAUGUGCGAAGACUCAAGGAGGAGUUGUGGAAGGGUAUGGAUAACGACAUCCUCGGGAAGCAACCCGAACCUUUGGCAUCACCUGACAGCGAUUUCAAACAAGAUCAACCACUCAAGUUUACAGAAGUCAUGAAUAACUUGCAAACCGUAUAUCCUAAACCGGUUAUGGAUGAUAUUUCUACGUCCUACUGCUUCAUCUGUCUCCUGCAUCUGGCCAACGAGAAGGGUUUGGUGAUUGAGAAUACACCCGGUCUCUCAGAGCUGGAAAUUCGCAGGGAUUGGACAGCGGAGAUCGUUGAGGGCGAAUAG